AUGUUGUCACAAUCCACACAUAUAUGUCGAUCCUAUCGAAUAUUAUCUUCAUCUGUAAUAAAUCUUUCAUAUCGUCUUCAAUCAACUGCAGUUAAAACUAAUAUUGCACUACCAAAAUUAACACAAAGUUAUUAUCAUCAUGCAUCAGAAAUUCCAUUGUUAUAUCAUACAAUCGGUCAACAUUUAGAUAAUUUAGCUAAUGAAUAUCCAGAUCAUCGAUGUUAUUCAUUUAAAGGCGAGAAAAAUAAAUCUUAUACAUAUAAAUCAUUUCUUGAUGAAGUCGAUAGUUUAGCUGCUGGUCUUAUUGAUCUUGGAUUUGAAAAAAAUGAUCGACUUGGUGUUUGGUUACCAAAUACAUCGGAAAAUUGUGCACUUACAUAUGCAGCAUCAAAACUUGGUGUGAUUAAAGUCAAUAUCAAUCCAGCUUAUAUGGGUCGGGAAUUAAUUUAUUCAUUAAAUAAAGUUGGUUGUAAAGGUUUAGUUAUGAGACCAAAUGUAAAAAUAAUUGAUUGUAUUAAAAUCAUUAAUCAUAUUAUUCCCGAACUUAGUCAAACAAAAGGUGAAAUAAAUUCAAAAACAUUACCAACAUUGAAGCAUAUUAUAUUAACACCUGGUGACAAUGGAAACACAGUUAAUACACCAUCAGGUAUGCAUUCAUAUACUGAACUUAUACGAAAAGGUGCAAAUAGUAAACAAGACGAAAGACGUACACGUCAAUCACAACUGGAUGGUGAUACUCCACUUGCUAUUUUUUAUACAUCAGGUACAACAGGUCAACCUAAAGCAGCUACAUUAACAAAUUUUAACAUGUUAAAUAAUAAUUUUCAUCUUUGUUAUAUUUAUCCACAGUAUAUGAGUCGUGUUUGUUGUCCUAUACCGACAUUUCAUAUAUUUGGUGAAAUAGCAGGUACAUUAAAUAUCAAUGUACCAAAAUAUUUUACAGUAUUUCCAUCGAUAUUACCUGAUACUGUUGAAACAAUGCGAGCUAUACAAGAAGAAAAAUGUACGGCAUUAAUUGGUGCACCCAUUAUUUUUCGUGAUUUACUUGCAAAUCCAAAACGAAAAGAAUUUGAUAUGAGAUCACUUUUAUUUGGUAUACUUGGUGCAGCACCUGUUAAUCCAGUAUUAGUUGAACAACUUGAACGUGAAAUUCCAAUAAAAAUUAUUUCACAAGGAUACGGUCAAACAGAAAAUUCGGCAUCGAUGGCAAUGAGUGUAUUUGCUGAAGAUGAUAAACAACGGCGAUAUAUAUCGGUUGGAAAAGCAUUACCACGACUUGAAAUGAAAAUAGCAGAUCCGAAAGGACAAAUUUUACCAAUCGGACAAGAAGGUGAAAUUUGUUCUCGAGGUUUUAAUGUUAUGAGAGGUUACUUUGGUGAUGAAGAAAAAACACGUGAAACAAUAACACCUUGUGGAUGGUUGAGAACAGGUGAUAUUGGUGUUAUGGAUGAACUAGGUUAUGUUUAUUAUCGAUCACGUCAAAAAGAAAUGGUUAUUGUCGGUGGUAUUAAUGUAUAUCCAGUUGAAGUUGAAAAUUUUCUCUUAGAACAUCCAAGUAUAGGCGAAGCACAAGUUUUUGGUGUACCUGAUAAACGAUAUGGUGAAGUACUUUGUGCAUGGAUUAAACCAAAAGCAGGUACAAAAUUGGAUGAUGUUGAAGAAGUCAGAAAAUUCUUAUCGUCAAGAGUGGCAUUUUUUAAAGUACCAAAAUAUAUUAAAAUUAUUGAAUCAUUUGCUCCAUUUACUACACCAACAGGCAAAGUACAAAAAUUUAAAUUAACAGAAACAAUGGCUAAAGAAUUACCAGUAUCAUCAUCAUCAUAA